AUGGGCAAGGCCAAGGCCGCGCCGGCGGCCUCGACCGACGGCACGGCGAAGCUCGCGGGCACGGCCUACCACGCGGCGUCGCGGAGCGUCGCGGCGCGCGAGCAGGCGCUGCAGGCCGCCGGCCGGCUCUGCGACAACGGCGAGAAAUGGGCGAAGCGCAUCGGCGCACGGCAGUCGCCCUACGAGUUCAUCGAACUCUGGUGGUCGCUGCCCGCGGCGACGCGCGCGUGCCCGCCGCCGCAGUCGAACGGCGAGAAGUGCCGGCGGUGCAAGAAGGUCGUGCGGCUCGCGCGGCGGCAAUUCAUCAAGCGCGACGAGGGGUCGCGCCUCGGCCGCGAGGUGCGCGUCGUCAAGUGCGACGGCGGCUGCAUGGGACAAGGGGUGUCAGUCAUCGUCAACAAGUGGGCCGACUACGGCUACGAGGCCGAGGAGGAGGAGGAGGACGACGACGGCGGGGCGCCGCGGCGCUGCGCCGUCGCCGCGAAGCCCGAGGCGGCGGCCGCGCCGCGCGCCGUCGUCGCGCCCUCGGACGUCGCGCUCGACGCGUGCUCGCUCCGCGUGAAGGACGACGACGACGCGGAGGCGAAGCCCGACGCGGCGCGGCGCAGGGCGAAGCCGAAGAAGGGCGCGCGGAAGCUGUUGGACCUCGGCGCGCCGGCGCCGGCGCGGGCCUACGACGACGACGCCUGGGACAAGCCGGCGCCGCGCGCGCCGGCGCCGGCGCCGCGCGAGGCGCCGCCGCCGCAGCAGCCGCCGUCGAUGGACGCGUUCCCGAGCCUCGGCGGCGGCUCGCCGCGGACCGUCGACGCGCCGCCGCCCGAGCCGCCCGCGUGGGAGCCGGCCUACGCGGCCGAGGAGCCGUGGGACCCGGCCUACGCGGCCGAGGAGCCGGCCUACGCGGCCGAGGAGCCAUGGGAGCCGGCCUACGCGCCCGAGGAGCCGGCCUACGCGGCCGAAGCGCCGUGGGAGCCGGCCUACGCGCCCGUGGAGCCGGCCUACGCGGCCGAAGCGCCGUGGUCGGACCCGUGGGCGCCGGAGCCGCAGAACUGUUCGCCGCGGCACUUUUCGCCGGAACCGGAGGUCCCCGCGCCGGAGGUCCGCGCGGUCCGCGCCCCGGCGCGCGCGUCGGCGCGCGAGCUCAAGGCCCUGCCGCCCGGGCUGCGAGCCGUCGCCGCGAAGCUCGCGCUCACGUCCGAAACGGUCGAGGCGCUCUCGAGGCUCUCGAACAAGAAAGAUCAAGGUCGCGCUGCGAAGCGCCUCAGCGACCCUGGCUUUACAUACACAGUUAUGCUCGAUGCGGAGCCCAAUUCGUUUAUCCUCUCAGAGCUCAAGAAGAUCGGGCACCUAGGGUCGACGUCGAAGUGCCGGCUCGUGUGCAGCGAGAAGUUCCUCGCGGAAGCCCAGGCGAGCGCGCCCGCGCGCCAGGAGCACAAGCGCGCCGCGACGAGCAAGCCGAGGCCGACGCCGCCGCGGGCACCGCCGCCGCCGCGGGCACCGCCGCCGCCGCGGGCACCGCCGCCGCCGCGGGCCGCGCCGCCGCCGCCGCGGGCCGCGCCGCCGCCGCCGCCGCCCGUCGCGUCGCCGUUCGAGCAGCUCGCGACGUUCCUCGAGGCGUUCGGCCUGCAGCGCCACGUGCGCCGCUUCGCGGAGGAGGAGAUCCUGAGCCUCCGGGACCUGCCCCACCUGACGCUCGACGACCUCGUCGACAUGGGCCUCUCCUUCGCGGAGGCGGACACGCUCGUGUCCGCGGCGCGGGAAAUGUUGUAA